AUGGCUACCAUGUCAUCAUCGGGCCGCGCCUCAGUGGGCAGCUCGUCCACACACUCAUCAAAACCCUCCUCGAGUUCCUCCAAGUCCUUCACGCCUGAUUGCAUCGCACCUGAGCAGCGGCCCAGAUUCAUACAGCCUGGCCUCCCGACGCUGACUUGGCCCGAGGAGAGAGGCUCUGCCUCCAUCAUCUAUGCCACCCGUAUCUACGCACCCAUCGCCCUCGUCGCUUCCGCUCUCCUCGAUACUCGCUCCUACAGUUCAUGGAACCGGUACUGCCCCACCAUCCAGGUCAACUCUCAACCUCGAUCUACCGCGCCGAUACCUCCCAUCGUCGCCCGGGACCCUUCCGUGGCCGCCAUCGCCAACCUACCGAGCACUUUGCGUGAUGGUGCUGCCUUCACCCCGCAUGUGCUGCUGGACGUCGCCUCUGUCCCCGAGAAUGCCUCGGCUGUGAUGCAGAACUCUAAAUACCCCACCUACAACACCAAGGCCUGUCCAGAACUCCAAGUCAGCGCCCUGGACCAGUACAUACGCCCAGACGGCCGCAUCUGCAUGAGGAUGGCCUGGCGAGCGCGAGGUAAAAUGGCCAACUUUCUCCUCCGCAACGAGCGCGUCCACGAGCUCGUCACCUCACCCGACGACCCCAACAUGACAGACUAUGUGUGCUGGGAGACGUUUUUCGGGGGCCUGAACGGUGCCAUGCAGAGUGUGUACGGCAAGCAGAUGGAACGGGGUUACGGCAUGUUCAUGGAUGGGCUCAAGAGGAAUUCCGAGGAGCGGGCGCGAGGCCGGGCCAUGGCCGAGGAGGUGAUUGAGCAGAAGCGCUCCCAUGCCGAUGAUGGCCUGGUCCCUGCCCCAGUCGUAUCAAUUUAA